AGUCACUGCUACUACACACGAUGGAUGUAGUGGUUUUUAAUAGUAGGCUAAUUUGGAAAUGGUCAAAGUGCCUGUAAACUACGCUCUGAAACGCUAGUUCAAAUUUUUUGUGAUUUUGUUAAUGCUAUUGUGAAUUUUCUUGAUUAGCGUGAGUAGAAAAUUGCACAUAGCAUGCCGCAGUUUCAUAAAAUUGAAAUAAAUCGGACCGAAUGGGAGGUUCCGGAACGGUAUCAAAUGCUCACUCCAGUAGGAUCAGGAGCUUACGGUCAAGUGUGUUCAGCAGUUGACACUAAAACUGACCAGAAAGUAGCAAUUAAAAAGUUAGCUAGACCAUUCCAGUCAGCUGUACAUGCAAAACGUACAUACAGAGAGCUUCGUAUGUUGAAACAUAUGAAUCAUGAAAAUGUGAUUGGUCUACUAGAUGUAUUUCAUCCAUCCUCAUCAUUGGAAGAUUUCCAACACGUAUAUUUAGUUACACAUUUGAUGGGUGCAGAUCUCAAUAAUAUUGUAAGGACACAAACGCUUUCCAAUGAUCAUGUACAGUUUCUUGUGUAUCAAAUUCUUCGUGGUCUUAAGUAUAUUCAUUCAGCAGGCAUAAUACACAGGGACCUGAAACCCUCUAACAUAGCUGUAAAUGAGGAUUGUGAGUUAAAAAUUUUAGAUUUUGGAUUAGCCAGGCCUACAGAGAAUGAAAUGACUGGUUAUGUCGCAACUAGAUGGUAUAGGGCUCCAGAAAUUAUGCUUAAUUGGAUGCACUAUAAUCAAACAGUUGAUAUUUGGUCAGUUGGAUGUAUAAUGGCUGAAUUAUUAACAAGACGAACGUUAUUUCCCGGUACAGAUCACAUUGAUCAUCUAACACGAGUCUUAGUACUCUGUGGUACACCCACAGAAGAAACUUUAAGCAAAAUUACCAGCCAAGAGGCACGAAAUUAUAUACAAAGUUUACCUCCAUUAAAGAAAAAGAAUUUCAAAGAUGUUUUUCGAGGGGCUGAUCCUUUAGCUAUAGAUUUACUCGAAUUAAUGUUAGAAUUAGACGCUGAAAAACGAAUUACAGCAGAACAAGCUUUAGCUCAUCCAUAUCUUGCACAGUAUGCUGAUCCAACAGAUGAACCAGUGUCUUUGCCAUAUGAUCAGAGUUUUGAAGAUAUGGAUUUACCAGUUGAAAACUGGAAAGAACUUGUUUAUCAUGAAGUUAUAAACUUUGUACCUCAACAGCUACCUGCAAUGUCUUCACCAAUUGAAUCUACUUCAUAAAAUUCUGUUGGUAACACAAGUAACAAUAUAGAUGUAAGCACAGUAGGAUAAUAUUAACAACAAACAAGUAUAAAGAUAUGUAAAAUUGUUAUACACAACAAAUGUAAUUGUAUAUAAUAUGAUGUUACAUAGGUAACAUAAUUAUUCAUGCAAACUUAUUUGUAUUAGAGGCAAAAUGUAUAUUUUUGUUAAUGACGUAUGAUACAAGAAAUGCUAAUAUUUUUCACUUUAAACGUAAAUUAUACAUCCAUUAAAAAUGUGACAAUUAUUGUUGCAUGUUUAAACGAUUUCAAGCUACAAUUUCAAUACGAAUAUAAAUUCAGAAAUUAUGGUAUUAUUUCCGAAGGCAAACAGUAUUUUUUUACAAAAUCGUAUUGCUCAAUAGAAAGAAAGGAAAUAAUUUUAUAUUAAAGUACUAGCUUCAGAACUUCAAAUUUUGUUUUAUUCGCUACUGGUUCUAGUCUAUAGUAGAGGACAUAUUACAUCGAAUUUAUAAUA